ACAUCCUCAGCUGGUCCUGGGUGUGUGGACGGCUCUUGGGCCAACCGUUCAAAACGUGGCUGGCCCAAUUGUCACGUCCCCUGACCGGCGUGCGCGCCAAGCGGCCCCAGGCCCGGGAGGGGAACUGGGUGCACGCUGAGCUCCUGUCAUUUGCCCCCUCCCCCUCCCACCCACCCACCCGAGGCAAUGCAAGAGACCGGCCUGGGGCGUCUAGACCCAGCCCAGCCCCGUUCCACCCCCGCUAGCGGCCGCGCGCGGCUCCUGCGGCAGCCACUGCAGCGGCCCCCCGAGCCCCGCCUCCCCGCCACCCGCCCGGCCCGGCCCUGCCCCCGGCUCGGAGCAAGCAGCGGGCGGGGCUGGCGGCUGGCUGCUGAGAGGCUGCUCCCGGGAGCCGGAGCCCAGCUGUGAGUGGGAGAAGCCGCCGCCGCCGCCCUCGCGGCUUCUAUCACAGCAGAGGCCCGGGGCAGCUGGAGAGGAGUCCGGGAGCAGCCCGAGCGCCUGGCAGGAUGGCUGUGGCUCCUCCCAGUUAUUGUUUUGUUGCUUUUCCACCACGCACUAAAGAUGGGCUUGUUGUGUUUGGAAAAAAUUCUGCGCGGCCUCGAGAAGAAGUACAGGAGGUGGUCUACUUCGCUGCUGCUGCUCAUGAUCCAGGAAGCAAAGUUGAGUGUACAUACAUUGCAAUUGAUCAGGUGCCGAAGACUCAUGCUAUUGUGAUAAGCAGACCUGCCUGGCUUUGGGGGGCGGAAAUGGGAGCCAAUGAACAUGGAGUCUGCAUCGCUAAUGAAGCCAUCACCACCAGAGAGACAGCUUCUGAAAUUGAAGCCCUGCUGGGAAUGGAUCUUGUCAGGCUUGGCCUAGAAAGAGGUACAACAGCUAAAGAGGCCUUAAAUGUAAUAGUUUCUUUGUUGGAGGAGCAUGGACAAGGUGGAAAUUAUUAUGAAGAUGGGAGCUCCUGCCAUGCUUUCCAAAGUGCAUUUCUGAUUGUGGACAGAGCAGAAGCCUGGAUAUUGGAGACUGUUGGGAAAUAUUGGGCAGCAGAAAAAAUCACAGAGGGAGUAAAGUGCAUUUGCAACCAGCUUUCAUUAACCACCAAAAUUGAUGUUGAACAUCCUGAGCUUAGGAGUUAUGCAGAGACGCAAAGCUGGUGGACUGGAGAUACAGAAUUCAAUUUUUCUGAAGUGUUUUCUCUAGCUGAGGACCAUUUAGGCUGCUGCUCAGGCCAGGAGAGCCUAGAAAAACAAGAAGGAAAUAUCACUGUGCGAACAAUGAUGGAGGUCUUGCGUGACAAAGCUAGUGGUGUCUGUGUGGAUUCCGAAACUUUCCUCACUACAGCUAGCAUAGUGUCUGUUUUGCCUCAGAACCCUAGUUCUCCCUGCAUUCACUACUUCACUGGCACUCCGGACCCUUCAAGGUCUAUAUUUAAACCUUUCAUCUUCGUUGAUGAUGUCAAACUAGUACCAAAAGUUCAAUCGCCUUUUCUUGGUGAUGACGAUCCUGUAAAAAAGAAACCUCGGUUCCAGGAGAAGCCUGACCGGAGACAUGAACUGUACAAGGCACAUGAGCGGGCCCGAUCUGUCACUGAGAAUAAUCAGGAUAAAGGUCAGAAGCUGAUGAGGAUUAUGUUAGACCUUGAAAGACAAGGCUUAGAAGCUAUGGAGGACAUCCUCACCAAUACAGAGGUUCUGGAUCCAGCUGAAGUAGUAGACCUUUUCUAUGACUGUGUCGAUACAGAAAUUAAGUUCUUCAAGUGAACCACAGUGGACACCGUUAGCCUUUUCACAAGAAGACUCUAUAGUUCUUCGAGCCUUGAAAGAUAGUCUCCAGUCCACAUAGCUGAAUUUGCAGGAGGAAAACAAACAAAAAGCCUUCUAUCUUCUAGAAAAAUGUUCCUCAGUAGCUAUAUCGAGUUAACAAAAUUGCUUUCCUUUGUCCAAUCAUGUGGUGGUCCUGUUCUGUGUGUAGUGAAAGGAGAGAGUCACUGAUUGGACCAUGUGUGCAUGCCAGCUAAUAUAGUGCAGAAUGUUUCAUUGUUUGGGCAACAAAAAAUUAAAACAAAGAAUAACUUCAAUCCAGUGUAAUUUCCAUAUAAUCUUUUAAAGCAAACAAAUGUUUUUGUUUGUUUUUAUUCCUUCCCCUCCCCCCCGUAUAGCUCAGGCUAGCUAGCUCAAAUGCUUAGAAUUUCAUCAGGUAAGUGUACGCUUCCCACUUCACAUUGGAAACUACAGAGGUUUUAAAAACAAAAACAACAGCAUCUGACAGUCUGAAUUAGAGAUAAGUCCUGGUUCUGAGCUUGCUUCUGUAACUCUGUUGGCUGCAAUGGAGCCACUCCUGACUUAUGCCAGAACACGAGCAGAAUCAUGCCCCGGGGCUCAGUGCUGCCCUCAUCUGUUCAUACUUUGGAAAAACAACUAUUGCACUUGUGAUGUCUGGUAGGUUUUUUUUUUCUUUUCUUUCCCUAGAUUCAUAGUACUGUGUAUUGCAGGCAGAAUCAAAUGAAGUGCCUGGUACAUUGUGUAAUCAGAUGACUCCAUUGAUAGACACAGCGAUGUAGUGACAGCUCAGUCAGAACACUUUUUUUGUUCGAAUAGAGGCUGGGUGUUGAAAAUAAAAUUAGGGACAGUAGUCUGGCUGUGGGACCAUAUUGCUGUAUGAAAGACAAUUCUGUGAGCUCUCCAAAUGGUAUGUGCUGUUUACACCCGGAGGAAAUCUCCAAUUAUUUAGUACAAGAAAAAGGAAACGAUUGUGACUGAACUGUUGCUUACACCUUGCAAGGCACAAAUUCACAGCGAAGCUAAGAUCUGAAUGUUAUUCCUUUACACUCUGCAGGGAGGAGGAUACAAAUGGUUUAUUAGCAGUUUUUCAUCAGCAUUCAACCGCCAUUUUACCCUCUACAUUCAUAUUUGGAUUCAUGUGACUCCAGUGAUUAUCUACUUUUCAUGUGCUCUUGCCAUAAUUCCUUCACUUUAAGAAGUUAACCUAGUGCAGAGGGUGAGCAUUGAUCAAGGAAACCUUCUUAACUCAUGACAUGAGGGACAAUAUUAGAGCUGGGUGGAGAUAAGGUGUUAAUUCCCACCCAUUGAAAUUUUGCAGCAGCAUGAACAAACAAGUUUUUCUUUUGGAGGGAGGUUGAGGAUUGAGAAGAAAAGCCCCUACUGAGGAACUGAAGUUUUUCAGAAGGGGAGUAUCAGUUUACCACCCUUUUGACACUGACCCCUAGAAAAUAUGUAGCUCUCAGAUGCUUGGAAUCAGCAUCAAACAUCUUACAAACAGUGUAAGGAAGUUUUUACUAAUGCUUCAUCUGCCACUUGCAGCUCUAAAUCUAUUCAGCAGACACGCAAGUCUAUAUUUAUGCUGUGGCUACACAAAGCUACACAAAGCAUAUACAGCCAUAAAAUGAUGCCUUUCAAUUUUCUUGCUUUCUGUUAAACUCCUGUAGUGGCUUUAUCAGAUCUCCUCAAACAACAGUAUUAUUGGCUAUUGUAGAAUACAGGCUAUUGUAGUAUACAAAAACAGGCUAUUGUAGAAUACAAUUUCAAAAAGAUCUGCCAGUGAAAUACAUCUGGGCUCAAACUGAUUUUCUGAUUGUUAUUGCUUUUUCCCUUUAAUUCUCUUUGUAUCCCCUUUUGGGUUUUUUAUGCGUCUUUGUUUUUUGAAUUUACCGCCCUUCUUCCAUAAGUACUAUAAUUCCAACUUGCUUGAAAUGGAAAAAAGGACAGAGGUGAUCCACACCUUUUUAGGAGUCCUACACUCCAUGCCCUUGACUUUGCAGGUAACAUUGAACAUGUCUCUUAGGCUGUGUAGCUGCCACUGCAAAUGUAAGACAGUGGCCACUAAACAAAGUAUCCAGGUAACCUCAGUAACUGUUCAGAGGUGAGCCACUGUGUACUUACGAUGUUUUACAGUUUUGUAGUGCAUGAGAUAGCUAUAAUAACCAUAUUUUAUAGUGUGUUUCUGUAAUUCUUUUAAUAUGCUGUGCAAUACAGCACAGCCAGGGAGCUGUGGGGGAGGGGAGAUGUAUAAGCCCUAGCCUAAUUAAGGUGUGGUUCCCUGUAGAAAAGGGAAGGUUACUUCAGGUUAAUAGGUCACCUGUAGUCAAUUAAGGCCCCAUCAGGAACCUAAUAAAACCACCCUGCUUCAGGCAGAGAAGGUGGUGUGAGGAAGGAGAAAGGACUGGGAUUUGGAGGUGUGUUGCUGAGAAUUGAAAGAUCAGAGAACUGGAGGAAGGGAGACUCUCUCUCUCUCUCUCUCUCUCUCCCAGCAUCAAGGACUGAGGGUAAGAAACUUGCAGGGGUUGAGAGGGGCUAGGGCUUAGAGUGAGGAGCAGACCCACUUCCCUCCUCUACCACCUUCCAGGGCCACUAGUGGGGCCCUUGGUGCUCCAACAGCAGGGACAAGGGGUGGUGUCCUAGCGUGUGUGCCCCCCACCAAGAAAAGCAUGGAACUCACCAAAGCAACAUUGGCCAUUUUGCUACAGCUGCUGUACAUUGAAUCAUCAGUGAUUUAAAACAGCCAAAGCAGUAUUGUGCAUAUUCAAAAAAACUGCAUCCAUAACUUAAGAAGUGCCAAAGAGGCCAGUAUUCAGCAGAAUAUAUAAUACAAAUGUGUCUUGCCAAAGCAAGGUAAAUGUAAUGCAAACAUAGCCAAGUAAUGACUGACUGGAGUUUAAAGUUUGCUUGUCAUAUUCUGAAAUAAAAUAAAGAUGACAAGAACAUUCUUUGGCACACACAGUCUCAAAAUGUGACACUGAAUGACAGUGUCAACCAUUUCAUAUAGUCAAUAUUCUAAAACUAUACCCAAACCAUGGAAUCCACCAGCUACUGGCUAGACAGGCUUGUGCAUUAGGGAAAUGCAGGCAGGCAGGACUUAUUGUGCCUUUUGCGCAAAUGUGUUGGAUUCUCUUACAUGUGAGUAACUAAUUUAGUGUGUGUAAUCAUGUUUUAUGUUGCUUAGGUGUAAUGACUGCUGUGUUGUGGUAAAUAAAAUUAACGCAAGUAUAUGCUCUUGGAAAUAACUGAGUAUAUACUGAUUCACUGAAGAAGAGCUGGUCCACUUAUGAACAAAUAAGUAAAAUGUCUCAAAGACCCUUGUGUUCAACUUUUUUUUUUUUUUUUAAAGUUCAUCCUCUAUCUUGCUUCUGUAAGUGCUCUCUGUGUACUGCAGCCGUGGUUAAAAAAGGCAAAAUCUAAUUUCUGAAACCAGAUAUUGUACUUGGCUCCUCUAUUUGUAAGACAGGAGUUCUGCUCUAAAAGCACACAACUGAGAUGAAAAUGCAAGUGUUCUUGUUCUUGCACAUUAAGGCUCUGAUCCUGCAACUUACUCACCAUGGACAGAAUGCUGUGUCUCUUGACUUCAGUGGGCCUUGAUGUGGUUCAGGGAUGCUCCUGCAUGAAGUCACUUGCAGGAUUGGGGCCUCCAAGGGUUUAUCUCACAGCCUGUGGCAUAGAAUCUCUGAGAUGGGGGCAACAGACCUUGGGCUUGUGCUCCAGUGCUAAAGACACCUGUGUAGAUAUUGCAGCAUAAGCUAGAGCUUAGGCUCUGAAACCCACCCCUAGAUUUCAGAGCCUGAGCCUGAACAUCAACAUAGCUAUUUACAGUAGCAUAGGGCAAGCCGAAGUCUGUCAACCCAGGCUCAGACUUCUGGCUGCUGUUUGCUGCGUAGAUGUACCGUGAUUGUCCACAACUGAAGCUCUUGUACUAAACCUGCCCUGAAUGAUGCUGACAAGCAUUACGUGAAACACAGUAUGUCGUAAAUUAAAAUACGUGUGCUGAUUUGCUAAAUUCUAAAGAUGUUUAAUGCUUGCAGGAUAAAGACACUAAACCUCAAAGCCAGUGGAGUGGGUGGCACAGUGGCAUUGUUUCACAUCCAUGCUGAAUUCUGGCUUAGCUAUGUUGAGCCAAAGGGAGCAGGGAAUAAAGAUGUGUACUCUUAAAUAGAGUGCACUGUUUUGUAUUGUUCUCUGAAGCUAUGCUCACCAUUUCAUGCAGCUAUUGGCACACAUCAGCCGUGUUCCCUGUCUGGAGGUGUGUCAAGACGUAUGCCUUCAGACUGAAUCAAGGCACUGCAAAGCUUGGGCUAAUUUUCUUGUGGGAACUAAUAAGUAGAGUUUUGCAAUCAUCCUAUGGGAAUUAUGUAUCUGCUGGGAACUACUGUUUGGCAAAAGUAAUAAAUAAAUACAUCUCAGCACCAUGA